AUGGGUUUGGGUACAGAUUUUGUGCCCCAAGAUAUCCCAACUUUACAUGAGCAGACUUUUCUGACAUCAUUGCGACAAGAGCCCUUGUCCGACAGUGCUACAUUGUUUAUGAAUGAUGCAUCCAACAGCACUGCAGAGCUCCCCAACAGCGCGACAUUGUUUGUGAACGAACCAUUGUACAUUCCUACAUCGUUUAUGGACGAUGUAGCCAACAGUACUGCAGAUGCUACCGACAGCACUGCAGAUGUAGUGCUACAUCGUUCACAAACGAUGCAUCCGACAGCACUGCAGAUUGCUACAUUGUUCAUGAACAAUGAAGCCGACCGGGCUGUAUCGUUCAUGAAUGACACAUCUGACAGCAGCGAGGAUGAGCGCAAGGAUUGUAAGAGUGACCCUACCUACCCGUCGCCACGUCACCCCAGGCCUGCGCAGAGACGAUGCGACUUGCACCAACAGAUAGCAACAAAUGCAGUGGCUAAGCGCUCUGUUAUGGAUAUGAGGGCCAUGAAACACCUUAGCAGUUCCCCCAAUAAGGAAACUGGUAAACAUAUCAUGUGA